UUCUUUUUUUUUUCUUCUUCUUUUCUAAGUCAUUAAAAACGUUUUAGGCAGUGAAACCAAAACACUAUUGCGGAGUCUUGUCUCUUCCAGAUAAGCAUCGCAGAUUUAGAUUUCUCUCAUAUCGUCCUAAAAGAGAGCUGCUGAACAAUGGAGGUCGAAUUCAAAGCACUGCUCGAUGAUCUUGAUGUGCUCGAGAAAUCUCUCUCGGAUCCGGCUCCGAUUCACAAGCUCCGAUCCCAUGUUGAAAAUCUAGCCACUUUGUCUAAAUGUAAUCCUCACAGGCGUUCCAAAGUCAAGGAAUUAAGCUCGGAGGUGGUAGAUAGUAAUCCUUACAGUAGGCUUAUGGCACUUCAGCGGAUGGGUAUUGUGGAAAACUAUGAGAGAAUUAGAGAGUUUUCAGUCGCUAUUGUUGGAAUUGGUGGCGUUGGAAGUGUUGCGGCUGAGAUGCUUACCAGAUGUGGUAUUGGUCGUCUUUUGUUGUAUGACUAUGACACCGUCGAACUAGCUAACAUGAACAGACUCUUUUUUCGACCUGAUCAGGUUGGUAUGACAAAGACUGAUGCUGCUGUCCAGACCCUUGCAGAAAUAAACCCUGACGUUGUACUUGAAAGUUUCACAAUGAACAUAACAACAGUGCAAGGCUUUGAAACCUUCACGUCGAGCUUGACGAACAAGUCAUUUUGUCCUAGCAAGGAAGGUAGCGGUGUGGAUCUUGUUUUGAGUUGUGUCGAUAACUAUGAAGCAAGGAUGGCUGUCAACCAGGCCUGCAAUGAGUUACGUCAGACAUGGAUGGAGUCAGGUGUAUCCGAAGAUGCUGUUUCAGGUCACAUACAGCUCUUGGUUCCCGGAGAAACUGCUUGUUUUGCUUGUGCACCUCCCCUGGUCGUGGCAUCUGGAAUUGAUGAACGGACACUUAAGCGGGAAGGGGUCUGUGCUGCAUCUCUGCCAACUACUAUGGGUGUUGUUGCAGGGCUUUUGGUUCAAAACUCUCUUAAGUUCUUACUAAAUUUUGGUGAAGUUUCUCCAUACUUGGGUUACAAUUCACUGAAGGAUUUUUUCCCAACCAUGAAAAUGAGACCAAAUCCACAAUGCUCGAAUGUAGCUUGUCUAGAGCGGCAGAAAGAAUACAUGCUUGCGAAACCAGAAAGGGACGCUGCUGCUAAAGCUAAGAUGGAAGCCGAUGCAUCCAUAGCUAUCGAUGAAGGUCCACUCCAUGAUGAUAAUGAGUGGAACAUAAGUGUUGUGGACGAUGAAAAUGAGAAGGAUGCUACAAAAGCUGCCUCAAGUUCAGGUAUAGAUACAUUGCCUGAAGGGCUUACUCGGGAGCUUCCAGAUGCAGAUGAGUAUGAGAAAGAAAUAGCCAUAGCCUCAGGGUCAGGAGAAACAGAGGAGGAAGAUGACCUUGAAGAUCUGAAGAAACAGCUGGAAGCUCUUAAUGCUGCUUGAGUCUUCUUUGUAUGGGGAGAGAAAUAGUCGUUUAGCAAAUAUAUACGUGGAAGAGGCUGCAAACGCAAUUGUGUAAGCAAAGAAAAGAGUAAGGUUGAUAAAUCGGAUCUCAUGGACUUUUUGGAUGAUCAUUUCUCCCUUUUAGUUUUUUAUUGGUUGUCAAAGAAGACUUAUACAAUUUUGCAGAUGUUACAUCAUGGUUUGAUUUGUAAUCGUAGACUGAGGCUUCAAAUCUAGAAUGUUACUCGUGAUGGAUUUCCAUAGUUGUCUUCUUUGUUACUCUAGUUAA